AUGAAUGAACUAAAUAAAUUCAACGACCAAAUGGCUUCAAAUUCAGAUGAUGAAUCAAUUAGGGCAAUGUAUGAAUAUGAAAUUGGAUCUAGAUACAAUACUACGGAAGUGAAUUCCAGUCCCAACUCGAGCCCUUUAUCAAUUUCAUCUAACCACGAACGGAGAGGUUAUUACCUUGGUAUUGUCAAGCCAGAAAACUACAGUUUUGUCGCAUUUUUAAGAAAUGAUUAUUGUAUUAACUGUGGUCUGUCGGUAUGCUUCAUACCCCGAUCUGAACCCUUGCAAGUAUUGAGUUGUGACGAGGGUGAUUCAACAUAUACCGUUCUGUACAAAAACGACUCAUUCAGUAUCACUAUGUCUAUGGAUAGAUCUUUUAUAGAUACUUUCGAAGAAAGGUUGUCAUUAAUUGAAGACUGA